AGUAAACAUUAAACCAUGUCGAUUCUCAAUUACAAAUACUACGAUACACCCGAGGGGCAUGACAUUUUCAAGAAAACAUUUGUUACUACCAAGUAUGCUGCAAUAUCAGGCCUUGCGUACUCCACUUUUGACGUCCUAAUGUUCUCGCAUCCCAAAGGAUUCGUAAACACCGUAGGUCGAGUUGGAUACAUAGUUGGGCCACUAGUGGGCAUGGCCGCAGCGUUUACGGUAACUGCUAACAUGGUGCAGAACUACAGAGGAAAGAAUGAUAAGUUAAACUACUUUUGGGGUGGUGCUGCGGCAGGCGCAAUUUGCGGUGCAUGGAUGCGCUCUGCUACUAUAGGAGUGCCAGCGGCAGUCGUAUUUGGCGCUCUUGCCGUAAUUAAGAAGACUGGCGUCGACGAAGGUUGGACCUUCAUCCCGGACACCACUUUAGCGUCGAAAAGCAUUCAAUCCGUUAGACACGAUUGGACUAUGGCCAAAGAUAUCCCUGAAUUGAAGUCAUACGUUAUAAAACCCGAGCAGUAGAGUGAAGCGUAAAUGUUAAUAGUCUGUACAAAAAAAUCAGUUUGUAAUUUUAUUUAAGUGUUAUUAAAAAUGUAUUCUUAUGUGUUUUGAUAUUAUUAUUAUGCUGCCUGCCGAUUUCAUUUGUGAGCUAGCUU